UGCAGCGGAGCAGAGCACAGCUGUCUUCAGCAGAACAGAGUGCUUUUAGUCUCAAAUAUCACAUUGUGUCGUUGUAUGUUCGCUUGACAGGUCGACGUGUCCUCGCUGUCUCCGCUUUCUGCAGCUACAUCUUUUAACGGCUGCUGUUGCUCCUUUUCGGCGGGUGUCUCGUGCAGUUUGUGUGUUCACGAGAGGAAAUGGUUUUGUCAACAUCACAACAAGUCGCUCUGGCUUUCACGGCCGUGCUCUUUACGUUUGUCGUCCUGCCCAGGAUGUUUGGCGUCGGCGGCGGGACCGGGGCGAAGGAAACAAGAUUUGACCCUCGCUACACUAGAAAAGCAGGCCCGGGCCCCGGCGCAGUGAGGGGUCAGCCCAUCAACGUGAACGGCCCCGGUUCACCUCAGAGCCCUGAGAACAUGCAGCAGAUGAAGAAGCUGAUGGAGCAAGAGCUGAAGAGUGACAAAUACAAAUCCAACAGCAACAAGGGCUACGUGUUCACACUGAUGCCUCUCUACGCCAUCGGAGUGGGAGUGUUUGCAGCUUACAAGUUUUUAAAGAUCAAGUCUGCCGACGACCAGGCACAGAAGGACAAAUUUGCAAAGGGAGCCAAAAAGUCUGUGGAAGCAGAGAACCAGUUGAACGAGCUGGAACAGAGGCUAGCGCAGACAGAGAGGAUGCUCAAUUCCAUCCUCACACAGUUGGACCCACUCACUAAAUGUGUGAAGUCAGUGGCCCAGGAGCAGAAGAACGAGAUCAUGUCUCAACUCCAGACCAUCCGGUACCUGAUGAAGAAGAGGGGAAUGGACUGUCCACCCCUGAACAUCAACGAGGCAUCCUUCGAGCGUAACCUGGACGACCUCAUUGAGUCACUUGGUGCCAACGACACCUUGGCAGUUGAAGCCUCUCUGGUGGACAAGCAGACGUCUCCAGAAACAGCAGAGGCUUCUGAAAACGUCUAUCAGAAGCCAUCAGAAGCAAAAGAUGAAGCUGCAACAGAAGGUGAAGAGAUGAAGGAGCUCAUACCAGAGGAAUCAGACGGGGAAGAAGGGAAGGUGGAGGAAGAGGAGGAGGAGGAGGAAGGAUUGGAGGACUCUGAGCUCAUGCCUUCACUAGAGGACUCGUGUGAGACAAACAUUGAGGAGGUUGGAGCGGAGCAGCCUGCGUCUGGCCUCAGGCGACGCAACAGGCCAGACUGAACUCAAUGCAGGACUUCUGCACUGUACAGAAAUGUGACAGAUUAUUAUUAAUAUUUAUUAACUGAAAGGCUUUCAUUUCAAAAGGCCAUCUACAUAUUCAUCAUAAACAUAUUCUGCAUUCAUAAGAAACUAUAAGCUACGGUGGC